CACGGGAUCAACCCCAGCCACACACUAAAUCAUCUUCUCUCCCGUUUUCUCCUCCCCACCUGUACCACACACAAGCUGCAGCAAGCCUCCGACCAGUGAGAGAAGCACCACCAACGAUCGGCUGCAGCAACUCUGAUCCAUGGAGUAGCCAGCACACCCUGCCGGACUGCCGAUCCGUGAAGGUGGUGUAUGUGCACACCCACACCCGUGUGAGAUCAACAAGAGAGAGAUGAGCUGGAUCAGCAAGAACCUAACCAGGUACAGUGGAUGCCUUAUACACCAGGGAGAUUGGCAGAUGCACCAGUAAUAUGUAUUGAUGGUAGCAGAAUCUGGAGAGCUGUAGUGCCUUUGAUUUGAUUUGCUUUGAGAUUGUGGAGUUUCAAUUCCCAGAUCGCGUUAUGAGACAAUUUGGUAUAUCACAGCAUAUACCGACUCCAGUGGAUACGAAUGAUACUUUACAUAAUCUAAAUAGGAGAGGGCGGGAUAAUGUCGAUUGGGUGGUCAAAAACGCUACAUGGUUGGCAUAUUGGGAUGAUAGACUAUCUCAUAUCGCGCAGGAGCGAUUCCCUCGCACGAGUAUUGGCGAGUAUAUGCAUUGGUAUUACUCGAUCACCCGACGGAUUAUUAGUGCUCCAUCGACUGAGAGGCCACAAACAAAUUUGGAUUAUGCGCAACGGGGGAGUCGGAUACGACGAGUGGCUGCUUUGGCAUUAGAGGGAGCAAAAAAAGUUGUUUCUGCAUUGCGUGAUGCUCUUAAUGAGUCUACUGCUGCCAUUGCAAAUAAUUGGUUGGGAAAUUGUCGUGAUAUUCUAGACGAGGUUGGUGAGGGGCAUCGAUUUGAAGAAGUUAUAGGCUCCGAUGUUCAAGCUACGCCCCAGCAUGGUGGUAGAUAUCCUCUUGGUCAAUCACACAGACGUGGUCACAUUUCCCGAGCAACUGACUUUACCAUGCAUCCAUCCCAGUUGACGCUAGAUGAUGUUGGUCCAUCCACUACUCCUGCUGAAUGGAGUAGGUACAGUACUAGAUGAUUUCUCCAGUUUGCUUGAACCAUAUAACUAUUUAUAUGUUUAUUUUUCCUAUGUCUUUAUGAUGGAUAGUUCGUAUUUGAUCAAAUAUUUUGCUACUAGAUAUGGAUUU